UCCGAGUGCCCCAAGCAAUCCGCUGACUGCGCCCCUGUCGACGUCAAAAGAGGCUGCCCGUGGUGAGAAGCAACGCCCCCGGUCGAAAGCCCACGUCCACGUCCAUGUAUCCCUGGAGCUCGUCCUCGUACGGCGGCCAAGUGCCCAGUGCCGUCAACGCCCGGACCAUGCCGAAUGGUUUGGAUGACCAGGAGAAGCUGCUCGCCGAGGCCAUUGGAGCGGCGAGGAAGCAGGCCUUCCAGAUGAACCACUUCCUGGACAAGGAGCGCAUGCUGGACUCACUCAAGUGCGCCAGCACCAUGCUGAGUGAACUGAGGACCUCCCUGCUGUCCCCCAAGAGUUACUACGAGUUGUAUAUGGCCGUCACCAACGAGCUGUGCCACUUGGAGCUGUACCUCAGCGAGAAGAGCGACAAGAAGACGGAUCUGUACGAACUGGUCCAGUACUCGCACACCAUUGUGCCUCGCCUGUAUCUGCUGAUCACCGUGGGCAUUGUGUACAUAAAGAACGACUCAACGCUGAAGCGCAGUAUUCUCAAGGAUCUGGUGGAGAUGUGCCGCGGUGUCCAGCAUCCUCUGAGGGGCCUCUUCCUGCGCAACUACCUGCUGCAGUGUACCCGCAACAUCCUGCCCGACGUGAUGGUGGCGGAGAACGAGCACGAGGGCAAUGUCUACGACGCCAUCGACUUUGUGCUGACCAACUUCGCGGAGAUGAACAAGCUGUGGGUGCGAAUGCAGCACCAGGGACAUUCUAGUGAGAAGACGCGACGCGAGAAGGAGCGUGAAGAGCUCAAGAUCCUUGUGGGCACUAAUCUGGUGCGACUGUCGCAGCUGGAGUCGGCCACUCUCGAGACCUACCAGCGACUCAUUCUGCCGGGCAUUCUAGAACAGGUUGUCAGCUGCCGGGAUGCCAUUGCCCAGGAAUACCUUAUGGAGUGCAUCAUCCAGGUGUUCCCCGACGAGUUCCACCUGCAGACUCUCGAUCCCUUCCUAAAGUCCUGCGCCCAGCUGGAGACCGGUGUUAACGUGAAGAACAUUAUAAUAUCUCUGAUCGAGAGACUGGCUGCCUAUAACCAGCGAAGUGGCAAGACCAGCGGCAACGCCAUCGAUGCCAUCAUACCCGCCGAGGUGGAGCUGUUUGAGGUAUUCAGUGUCCAAGUGGCGAAUAUUGUCCAAACCCGAAUGGACAUGCCCUUGGAAGACACUAUUUCGCUGCAAGUUGCUCUGUUGAGCCUGGCUCAGAAAGUGUAUGCCGAUCGCGUUGACUAUGUGGACAAAGUGCUGGGUACAACCGCACAAAUUCUGCAGCGCAUGAACAUGAACAACAUCUCCCAUCUGCUGUCUGUUAACCAGGAGCUAUCCCGUCUACUGCGCAUCUGCAUUGACUUUUACAACAACGCCUUGACCAUCAUCCAACUGCACAACUUCUGCCCGCUGCUCGAAAAGUUUGAUUACACAUCCCGCAAAUCGCUGGCCCUGUAUCUGGUUAUGAAUAUACUUGACAACGAAACUGUGGUGCCCAUGGCUGAUCAAGCAGAUAGUCUGCUGACCAUCAUCACGCCUCUAAUUAAGGAUGAUGACACGAACAAAGACAACGCAGCGGCAGCAGGGAACACCAGUUUCGAUGCCGAGGAGUUUGCAGAAGAACAAGGAGUGGUGGCACGAUUUAUUCACCUGAUGCGGUCCGACGAACCCGACAUGCAGUACAAAAUGCUGCAGACCGCCCGCAAACAUCUGGGCAAUGGUGGGGGCCAGCGCCUAAAGCACGUCCUGCCGCCACUCGUCUUUGCAGCCUACCAGCUGGCAUUCAAAUACAAAGCGAUCGCCGAGCAGGAUGAGAACUGGGACAAGAAGUGCCAGAAAAUAGUGCAGUACUGCCACAGCACCAUCAGUGCUCUGGCCAAGGCCGAUCUCGCCGACCUCGCGUUGCGUCUUUAUCUGCAGGGUGCCCUGGUCAUCGGAGAGAUUGGCUACACGAACCACGAGACGGUGGCGUACGAGUUCAUGACCCAGGCCUUCUCGCUCUACGAGGAUGAGAUUUCCGACUCAAAAGCCCAGCUGGCAGCCAUUACGCUUAUUAUGUCCACAUUCGAACAGAUGUCCUGUUUUGGCGAGGAAAACGCCGAGCCACUCAGGACGAAUUGUGCGCUGGCCGCGUCUAAGCUACUGAAAAAGCCAGAUCAAUGUCGCGGAGUUGUGGCCUGUGCGGCGCUUUUCUGGAGUGGGAAACAAAACGGGGAGGAGAUGCGGGAUGAAAAGCGAACUCUGGACUGCCUGAAGAAGGGCGCUCGCAUUGCCUCGCAGUGCUUGGAUACCGGCGUGCAGGUGCAACUGUAUGUGGAGCUGCUGAAUCACUAUCUCUUCUACUUCGAGCGCGGCAAUUCGCUUAUCACCGUGGCCAUGCUUAACCAGCUAAUUGCCAAGGUGAACGAAGAGCUGCCCAACCUGGAGCCCAGUGAGGAAACCAAACAGAUCGAGAGCCACUACAAGAACACGCUGGCGCACAUACGUAGUCGCAUGGAGUCCAAUGACUCGGCGUUGGAGGUCUCCUUUGCGGGCAUCACUCUCAAUUAGCCCAGCCCACCCACUUCGGACACCCCAACAAGCAUCGAAGAGCUGAAGGCGUGAAGGUCGUUCGGCCAGGCCCGUUUUUAUACUGCUAGUUAUCGGCUUGCUCGUAGACCGUUCUGAUAUCCCGAAGCUCUGCGAGAGUAUCCAAAUUGCUUGUGUGAGAUAUGAAAUUCCAUGGUUAGGAAAGUUGUGGGCCUUCGACCAACUUUUGUUUUGUCAAUUUGAUUUCGAUGGUAAUCGUAAGUGCAAAGUAAAAACAUUCUUGAUUAUUUUCCUGAUUUAUUUAGUAUGAUAGCUAUGCGUAAAUAACCCCCAGCAGAGGAUUUUUACUUUACUACUCUAUUUAAUCCCCUACCCUACCCUAAAAAUAAUGUGAAAAUAUUGUUAAACAAAAAUUAUACAAUCUUACAUAUGAUUAUCGAAUUGGUUCACGAAUCGCCACGCGCUACGUAUAAAUAUGUAUUACAAAUAAAGUUAAGAUCAAACUGUUUUCGCGAACAAUUCGCCUGUAUGUGUGGCCUGAACUAAGUGAAUCAAAACUCGUCAUCGAUAACAUGUAAAGUAAUUCGUUUAUUAAAAAUAUAUAAGCCGACUACGCUUCAUCGGACUAUUAAUCAGUUAA